CAGUGUCGAUAAGGGAUGUAUAACUGAUAGCUGUUUUACCCAGAACUCCCCGGAGUCUGUGUCGUCGACUUGAGCGUACGUGACGGAGGGUUUGGACAUACUCUAGCAGGGAGUCUACAUUACACAGUCUUAUCUCUACAGAGAACAAAGAUGGGAUACGGCUGUUGCGGGAAGACUUUCAGUUGCCUUUUCACCUUCUUUAAUGUCAUAUUUGCGACUGUUGGGAUGGCCACAAUAGGUUUUGGGAUUUUUCUGAAGGUUCACCCUCCAACUGCUCAACUCCUAAACCUCGUUGAAUUGGAUCAAGGGGGACAUUAUCUGACCAACAGUGCCUGGAUCAUCAUUGGUUUCGGUGCUCUUGUGUUGCUUGUCUGCUUCUGCGGCUGUGUCGGGGCUGCUGCCAGGAACAGAUGGUUGCUGGGAAUGUACAUCAUCUUUUCUGUGAUAAUUGUCAUCGGAGAAGUUGGGGCCUUUGUCGUCACAAUUUUGUUCGUCGUGCAGUCUAAAGACGUGAAGCCGUUUGAAACCGCCCUUACCACAACCUUGCAGACCAAAUACGAGAAAGAUAGAACAAUGAUCACACUUCCCUGGGAUUAUGCUCAGGUUACGUUCGAGUGCUGUGGUGUUUCCAACUAUACAGACUAUGCACCAGUCUACAUGAAUGAAACUGAUGGAAAAGUACCUGUUACCUGUUGUGUGUUGAAAGGAGAUAAGAAUCCGGAAGAUCCUGUUCCAAAAGACAAGAAAGCGUGCAUGGAGGAUUCCAAGAACAUGAAUGGUAAAAGUCAAUUCUUGAAUAUAAAGGGAUGUUUCACGAAGCUGAAGGAUACCGUGAUGCAGUACAGCACGGUGCUGCUCAUCGUGGAGGCGGUCAUCAUUGCCAUCACAAUAAUCGGGAUCACUAUUGCCGCGUGUCUUUGCAGAACAAGCGACGACGAGAUAUGAUUUUGCCUUCACGUUUUGACUCUUCACAAGAAAAUAAGAAAUUGGUACACAUAUUGACUCAGCAAUCAUUGAUAUAUAGAAAUAAAACGAACAUAAUAUCUCGUUUUUCGUACAUAGUUAGGUAACGCGGAGAUCGUUUAAAGAUAGUCAUUGAGUCAUAUGUACAGGCUGGAAGACCCGAAGUAGCACUUGGUCUUGAUACACCACAAUCUUCUUUCUGGACAAGACUAAACGUAUCUCUCAAAAGAAUCAGCUUAUUCGAACACAUAUUUUUGGUGCCCUGUAUUUUAUUAUACAAAGCUCACAACCAUGCCGUUAAUGAAAUGGCAACUCGCUGACUACAUUUAAGCAUUGCUUUCUUGGUUUAAAGGUUCGGUGAAUGUCAAUAACCCCACGUUGCAUAUGUUCAGUUGAAACGAACCAGUCACCACAAGUUUCAAGUCAAUAUCGGCUGUCGGGUAUUCCAACACUAUAUGUACAUGCAACUAGUGAACAGCACUGAACCUCAUUUGCUUUAGAGUAGGUCUUCAGCAACCCAUGCUUGUCGAAAAAGGUGACUAUGCUUGACAUAAAAGGCGACUAUCGGGAGGAUCGGGUGGUCAGGUGCACUGACUUGGUUGAUGCAUGUCAUCUUAUCCCAGUUACCUAGAUUGCGGCGUUAAACAACACACACACAAACAAACACACGAUGUUUUGCAUAGUUUUACUGAAUGUUACGAUUUAUCAUUAGGUUUUCCAUCUCAAGAGUCAGGUGUGAAAUAGAUAUUUUUUAUGUGUUUCGUAUAUAUAUAUGAAAUGAGGUAAAUGUUCACUCGGUGUCAUGAGACAACGAAAGUACUAUGUCUGAAACUGAUAUAAAGAAGAUGAUGGACUAACGUGGACUUUAUUAUUAUUUUAUUAUUUAUUAUAUAUAUAUGUUUGCUGUAUAUAUGUUUCCUCGUCGUUCUAGUUGUUUUAUUCAUAAUGUUAUUAUUAUGUAUUGGUUCAGUUCGUUGUUAUAUUUUUAUCACAACUGCAAAUAUGUAUCGAAUAUGAAAUACGACGUAUGUGUUGUAAAAUCUAUUCUAAAAGAAAAUCUACCCACCCACCCCAAGUAUUUCUAUUUAUAUACCUAAUUGUUUCAUUUUUAAAUGACAUACACAGAAUUUAACAUACACAGACUGAUAUUAGCUCUCAUUUCAAAACUACAUGUAAGACUAAGUAAAAACUAUCAUUAUAUGUUUUCACCAACAUUUAAGAAUUUCCUUCUAUUAGUUUUACUUUCAUGGAGAAAUAUCCAUUCAAAACACGGUCUGCAUACUGUGCAAAUCAGCGCAUUACUAUUGUUGUUUUAUGACGAAGUAUAAUUGAUCAACACUGCCUCUUUGUAUUGUGUUAUGCAGCCGUUAUUUUAUGAAAAAGGACUAUUGUUUAUUUUUGGAAAUAUUAUAUCAGUUACGUGUUUAUAGUAAUGUGUUUUCAAUUACUUGUUUAGUUUGUAGAUUGUGAAGUUGAUUUUGAUUUUACAUCCUUAUAUGCUUCUUUAUGAACCAGUUAUGAACUUUGCAUAUCAUUGUAAUAAAACGUUCUUUGUUUACAAAUAACAUAUGUCUAA